CGACCCGCCGGUCCCAUUGCCAACCCUAAUUUCUUUUCUUCCAUUUUCUAUCUUUUCAGUUAAUAAUAUUUUCUAUAUUCUUUUGGUCGUAGAACAUAAUUACCACUUUUGAAGGCUUAUAUGCUGGGCCAAAACCCUAACUUUCUUUAAACCCAUCUCCCAGGGUGUUCUGCCGAGUCUCAAGAUUAUCGAAUAUCAUUUUGAGGGUCUAUCAGAAUGGUAUUUCCAUCUGCAAAUUUAAUAGGCUACUCUCAAACAGAUCACUAGCAUGAGUACCAAUCCAGACAAUGAAUCGCAGAAUACUUCUUCAAGUUCACAAGAUGCACCAAAGCCACAGAUUGAAACAAUUCGCCUGCCCACAGUUGAGGAAAUACGGGGUCAGGACAUUUGGAACAAUUGUGCCGUUCGCAGCGUUGUUAGUGGAGUCAUGGGAGGUGGGUUGGGGUUGUUUAUGGGCCUGUUUCUCGGUGCACUGGAUAAUCCAAUAAUGCAAGAUGAAAUGACUGGAAGGCAGCAGUUUAUAUACACUGCAAAGCAGAUGGGUCGAAGGAGCUGGAAUUCCUGUAAAACCUUUGCUGUUAUGGGUUUCAUCUUCUCUGCUGCAGAAUGUGUCAUUGAAAAGGCCCGGGCCAAGCAUGACAUGACAAAUACAGUUGUUGCGGGAUGUGUAACUGGAGGCACAAUAUCUGCUAGAGGGGGUCCAAAAGCGGCAUGUGCUGGUUGUGCUGGUUUUGCUGCAUUUUCAGUCCUGAUAGAGAAAUUCCUAGAUAGACACGAUUGAAGCCAACGGAACAUUCAGUUUUGCUGGCAUAGUUCAUGAAUUUGAGACGGGAAUUUAAGACCCAUCUAUACAAUUCUUUUUAAUAGUUUUUCCCUUGCCCAGUUACAACUUAAUUAUAUUUUGUAGCCUUCGAGGGAUGUAAAAUGUGUUUCAUAAACACUAGCUAUUCCAUUUUGUAAUCGUUUCAAAUGACCUUAGACAAAUUUGCCUUUCAUAUUCGGAAAAUUCAGUUGAGAUCACAUGAUAUUACA